AAUCCUGUUUGAAGGGGGAGAGGGAAAAGAAAAAGCCAGGGGAAUGUCUGAGGGAGUCUGAGGGAACCGGUGGGCAGGAGAGAGACUUUUGACGAAAGGCUGCAGCAAACACUGGUUUAAAAAUACUCCCUCAGUUGCUAGAAAUAGACUUGGACAAGUUAAUCAGCGGCCGUAAAGUUUGGUGCGCCUUUCUUUGCGCGUUUUGUGGGUAAUUGGGAAAGUUUGGUGGUAUUGGGAUCAACCAAAACAACAGCGUUUAAGGAGAAAAGCAACAGGACUUUUAAGCAGAGCGGAGAUUAUUUCUUUUUUACACUCUGUCUAGUAAAAAAAAAAAAAAAGGGAACAGAAACGAAGGGUUCCGGUUUUAUUUGGUCUCAUCUGUGGAUAAUCACACUUUCAGCAUCUACCGGAGUCAGAAAAACUUUUUCACCGCACAACUUUGGAUCUUUGGAGCUGUUGAGAUGCGGUGAUGGAGUCCGGUGGUGUUCCCAAGAUGACUGCUCUUCUUAUGAAGCACAUUUUCAGAGGUGAUCUCCUUUCAAGAAGAACCAUGAGCGGGUCUAAAUGGUCGUUUUUUAUCGUCACCGUCUUUUUUUCCGCUUGGAGGCCAGUAACCGCCGGCAUACUGACAGAUUUGGAGUUUGAGCGGAGUCCCAAUACUGUCAUCUCCUCGCUGGGCAAACCUGUUACGAUGCAUUGCACCCUGAAGGGUACGGGGGGCGAGGAAGAAGACCCCCCUGAUGUGGUCUGGCUGAGAGACGGUGUGCCACUUCAGUACGCAGACACCAACCAGUUCCAAGUCCACACUGGCAGCAACAGUUGGACGGUCAAGAGCACGCUCAGUAUUGAAAAGGUCCAGCUUCCCGACAUGGGCUCCUAUCGAUGUGCUGUUCUGUCAGAAAGCCACCAGACUAUGUCUGAGGAGGGGAGCAUUCUGCUGGAGGGCCUUCCUCAUUUCUCUGUGGAGCCCCAGCACAUGUCUAUAGUGGCCAACAUAUCACUGAGCCUGAGCUGUGUGGCCCACGGACCUCCAGAGCCAGUCAGGGUCAUCUGGCUGCAGGACGGUGCUCAGCUCAACUCCCUCAAAGACCCGGUGGCUCUGUCACCCUCCACGCUCAACCUCACAGGUCUGAACAGGACCAGCACUUUUUCUUGCGAGGCCCAUAACCGCAAAGGUGUGGCCACCUCAGGAUCUGGUACCAUCACUGUUCUCCCAUCCAAGCCUCAGAAUCUGAGAGCUCUAGAGACCACUCCGUACAGUCUCCAUAUAUCAUGGCAGCCUGGUUUUGGAGGAGACUACCCAAUAAUGCGUUGCUCUGUUCAGGCCAAACAUUCAGGAGAUUCCUUCCCAGAAGGCCCAGAUAAGCUGAUCCACAACCAGAAUGUGAACAUCCCACCAGCCUCGCACCUCAUCGGGGACCUGGAGCCCCACAGCCUCUAUGCUGUCAGGGUGGCCUGUCACAGCAGCCAGGGCCCAUCUGAUUGGUCGCCCUGGGUGGAGCUACGCACCAAAGAAGGAGUGCCAGAAAACCCACCUGUGAACGUGAGCGCGGUGCUAAAUGGGACUGAGGUGCUGGUGACGUGGGAGGGACCUCCAGGGAAGCUGAAUGGAGAACUACAAGGCUACGUGGUGGAGUACAGCACACCUGCCGCACAGCAGUACGUUGUGAACACUGGAUUGGACACCGAGCUCUCAAUCAAUCUGUCUGUCCCCCUGUCCAAUGUGUCUUUUCGAGUGUGUGCCUAUACAGGGGCGGGGCCAGGACCCUGGACCCCCACUCAGACCCUGACACUUAUUGCUCCUGGUCCUUCAUCGCCCCCGGCCUUUUCCUGGCACUGGUGGUAUGUGGUGAUGGCCAUUGCCGGCGCCGUGUCCAUAGCUGUGCUCAUGGCUGUUUAUGUGGCCAAGCUGCGGCGUAAGGAGACGCGCUUUGGAGAGGCGUUUGAACCCAUGAUGGAGAGCGGAGAGCUGGUGGUCAGGUAUCGCGCUCGCCGCACCUACAGCCGCAGGACUACAGAAGCAACAUUGAACAGUCUGGGCAUCAGUGACGAGCUGAAGCAGAAGCUCCAAGACGUGAUGGUGGACAGACAUAAACUAACCCUGGGAAAGACCCUGGGAGAAGGGGAGUUUGGCUCUGUGAUGGAAGGCCUGCUGACUCAGGAGGAGUCUGCUCUCAAAGUUGCUGUCAAGACUAUGAAGAUUGCCAUCUGUACCCGCUCAGAGAUGGAAGAUUUUCUCCGUGAAGCUGCCUGCAUGAAAGAGUUUGACCACCGCAAUGUCAUGAGGCUUCUAGGUGUGUGUCUGCAGACUGUGGAGAGUGAAGGUUACCCCUCCCCGGUGGUCAUUCUGCCCUAUAUGAAACACGGAGACCUGCACAGCUAUCUGCUAUACUCAAGGCUGGGAGACUCUCCUGUGUACCUCCCGUCUCAAAUGCUGGUAAAGUUUAUGACUGAUAUUGCCCGAGGGAUGGAGUACCUCAGCAAUAAGAACUUCAUCCACAGAGACCUUGCCGCCCGCAACUGCAUGCUGAACGAGAACAUGAACGUAUGUGUGGCCGACUUUGGCCUCUCCAAGAAGAUCUACAACGGAGACUACUACAGGCAGGGGCGAAUCUCAAAGAUGCCCGUCAAAUGGAUCGCUAUCGAGAGCUUGGCUGAUCGCGUCUACACCACCAAAAGUGACGUGUGGUCGUUUGGAGUCACAAUGUGGGAGAUCGCCACGCGGGGCCAGACUCCGUACCCUGGGGUCGAAAACAGUGAGAUAUAUGAUUACUUGAGACAAGGAAACCGUCUCAAACAGCCUCCAGACUGUCUGGACAGCAUCUACUCCCUGAUGUUCUCCUGCUGGCUGCUGAGCCCCAAGGAUCGCCCAUCAUUUGAGUCCCUGCGCUGUGAGCUGGAAAAAGCCCUUGAGGAUCUGCCGGACACCCAGGACCCAGACGAGAUCUUGUACGUCAACAUGGACGAGUCUUCCAUGGAGCUAGGGGCCGUUGGUGGCCGUGACCCCAUUGGGGUGCCGUCCCCUCUCUGCCUGAAGGCCCUGGACUCUGUGACCACAGUGGAGGUCCACCACCCCAACCGCUACGUCCUCUGUCCCCAACACGAGACCAACCGAGCCCUCUCGGACUCCCUGGAGAGCCUGGACAUGCCGGUGUCGUCAUCCGCAGCUACGCUGCCUCUACAACCAUCCUGCCACUCCACUCCCAACCCCACACCAGCUCCCACCCCAACUGUUGAGCUGCUGGAGGACAGGGAAGGGUCCAGAAAAAUGCCCUGGCAGUGAUGCCUUCACUUUUUUUUUUUUAAAUGGCAAGACUUUUCACUGCCAAAGUGUGCCAUCCUUUAUCCCCAGUCCAAGAAUGAGAUCCAGCCUCUUGCUACUGACUACAUCAUAUCUACAUACAUAUUUUGCACAAAUUCACACACACACACAGCCGAAGGCAUUCCAAGGAAGUGAAGGAUUUGGAUUCUCUCCUUUGUCAACCCUUUUCUCUUCUGAAAUGAGCACGUUUCCAAGUGAGUGUAAAGGCUAUUGUGUGAUUAGUGUAGCAGGAGGAACACUGUUACCAACGAUAGACAGUGGGUGAAGAAGUUUAGAGCACGUUGCCCUCAUACACUGCAGCACAAUCAGAGAAUCUAAUUCCAAGUCCAUAUAGCAAUAAAAUACCAUAACUACCUGUAUACAACAGAUCGACCCCCUUUACACGACUAAGCUAAACAAUCUCAGUGAAACCAGCUUAGACACUGCCAGGCUGAAUCUACAACCAAACAAACUCAGGAGCUUGAAGUUGCGAGUAAAGGGCUAACAUGGAGGACUCGCACCAGCUGAGACAAUGCUCCUCUGACAGAAAAACCUCACCCAUCUGAAGUCCCUGCUCCUGUGCAGAAAUAACCUGAGGACAGUUGGGAAAGAAAGAAAAAAAAUCUGUAGCAGUGCCUCUUUCACUGAAGGUAUCGUCUGAUGAAGACGACUAGCUGCUUUAUGGUUAUACUGAUACAGUUUAUGAAGGACAAUAAGACGAGUUAAAACUAAGAUCGCCGAAAAGGAUGGGCUUUUUAAUUAUUUUUUUUUAGCUUUGAGCAGUGGUUUUGACAAAUGUUGAUCUUGACAAAUGUCUUUUAUAAUGUUAGAAUUUUCUUUCCCCACAGAAACCGUUCAACUAAAGUUCACCUUACCUGAAAGUUAGAAGACUUUUACCCUAUAACAACAGAAUAUGAAUGCCAUUUGAAUUUAACAACUAAAGAAUUAAAAGAGACCAAAAUUUGCAGAGAAAAUGAAAUGACACUGCAGGCUUUAGAUCAUUUCAUGUGAAGUCGUUUUGAAUGAAGAAACUCCAUCUUAUUGAUCCUUCGUACGCUAGCCUAAUGUAGCGCUCUAACAACCCCUGCAUCCUCUCGAGUGGUCGUACUGCUAGUUGUGCAUUAAGCACCAUGAGCCAUUUACAGUUCACACAAGGCAUCUCUUUCCUCACUAACAGGUAAGACACCUGUGAAAAUCCUGAACAACAAUAAUAACUCAGGAAACUGGAGACUUUGCUCAACAGUGACAGAGGUACUGGUCAAAUCAAGAGGGUACAAAUAAUCAGAGGCAGGUGGAUGGACUGAGGGUAGGUACGGACAUGAUGGAGUUACCCGAGGCAGAUAAGCUCCUCACCUUUGCGUUUGGCUCAAGCACAGUGUUAUUACACAUUUUGUAAAAAAAAAAAAGAAAAAAUGAUGCUGAUUUCUUUUUUCUACAACUUUGCACUAAUGUUUUUUUUUUAUAUCAUUGUAUGUUUGUUUAUAAUUUGUAUAUCUUUUACGCUUUUUCAUUUUGUUUUCUAAUUACUUUCUCUCUAAUAAGAAUCUGUCCACAUGUAACAACUUGAAUAUUCAUAAAGGCAGAGAACAUAGCCUGUGAAAUCAUUGCAGGGCAUCCAGUGGAGGAGUGUUUUCCAUAAAUGAGCAAAGAGACUGGGAAUCAUGACUAACCUCGUCAUCUGACAUCAUCCUGCCACACUCUUAUUCUGGGAUAUUUUAGUUACUUGAGGUUUAGCACUAAAAAUAGAAGUCUGGUACCAGCAGAAUUAAGGAGGAGACAGAAAACAAAGUGCGUGUUCAUCGAAACCUCUGCUUCGAGGUCACUAGCUGCAACUUUGCAUCAUGCAUGCACUUAUUUUUAUAUAUAUAUAUAUAUAUAUAUAUAUAUAUAUAUAUAUAUAUUUGCUUUAGUUCAUAAUUUUGUAUUUAGAAUGGACCAUAUUCCAACACACAUUUUGGGAGAACAUUUGUUGAAAUGAUGUGCUGUGUUUCUCAGAUGUAUGCAUCAAAGGUACUUAUAUAUGAAACAGUAUACAGUUAUCCUUUUUACCUGUAGCAUUACUGAAAUUCCUUGUUAAGAUGAAAUGUACAUUUCUUGCUAUACAUUUGGUACUGUAUGCUCAUUGACUGAUAGUCCUCCAUUGUUUGUGAACUACAGAAAGUGGUGCUGAGACCGAGGCACUCGUCUAAUUUGGUCUGUACAAAUAUUUUACCAAUUUGAAAGCAGAUAGAUACGGCAGCAGUGUUUAGGGUUGGGCAUCGUUUUGAUUUUAACAAUUCUGAUUCCAAUUCCGAUUCUUCCUUUCGAUUCAGGUUCUUAUCGAUUCUCGAUUCCGAUUCUUUGAGGGGUGGAGUUGAACUGACAUGCCUAUUUUCACAAAUAAGAGGAAAGUUUUAUUUUGAUUCAAUGGUGGUUUGUAGUUUUACAGGCCUUUUUCAUUGUAAAAUAAAGCCACACUAGAGCGCUGCUUUCUGUGCUCCAUGGCUGCGACACAACAAGCGCCUGGCCGUUACGGAAACCAAAACUUGCGCAUGUUAAAUUGGGAAGUGGUGAUCGGAUUUGAAACCAAGUCCUCUAAACGAUUCCAAAGGAUUCCAAUAAAGAAACGAUUCUACUGGAAUCGUAAUUUUUUAAAUGAUUCCAAGUAAGAAUCGAUUCUCCAUGCCCAAUCCUGUUACACCAACUAGUGUGUUUGAAACAUUUUGGUCUUUGGACAAAAAGAAAAACUGAUCCUCCGAGCGGAUUCCAGCAAGAACUGAAUCUCCUUCUUCGUGAUUACAGUCAGUUCAGCCUUAAAUCUUGACCUUCAGUGCCUUCAGAGAGCCAGUAUUUUGCAUUACAGUAAAUGUGUGUGUGGAUUGUGAUUCUCCUGAUGUGUUGAAUUGGGAGAAGACUGUACUAUAAUUGUCUUUAUAUUGUCAUGAUUUGUAAACAAAGUUUUAUACAGUACCUGCAGUAUUUUGUAUAAGAAAUAAAUGUGUUCAUUGUGAAUGAGCUCUCCUCCUGA